AUGGGUAGGGUUUUUGCAUUUCUUGUCCUUGUUUUGGUGGUUCUGCUGCAUGCAAGCAAUGCACGUAAUGUGCCACCGGGUGAUGACUCAAUGGAGGAGCAAACGUUGAGAGCCGGUGCAGCGCAGGCGGAUUCACCAAAGAGUAGUGGCGUUGAUGACAAGAAGAAUUUUAUUUACGGUGGAGUUGGCGGCUUUGCUGGGGUGGGUGGCUAUGGUGGCAUGGCUGGUGGAAUCCCAUUAGUCGGUGGCCUUGGUGGGAUCGGCAAAUUUGGUGUAAUUGGUGGAGCAGCUGGAAUAGGUGGUUAUACGGGUAUCGGUGGCCUAGGAGGUCUCGGUAGUGGUACCGGUGGCGGCGUCGGCCCCGGAGGCGCAAGUGGUCUUGGUGGUGCUUUCCCCUCCCCUGAUGUUUUAGCCAGCCAUGUUUAUGUUGGUGAUGUCUAG